AUGACUGCGGCAGCGGGGGUGCUUACAGGCUUGGCCAAGCUAAAACGCCAGGACUCUGCCCGCUCUCAGCUUCGACCAGGACAGCCUUCAUCGCCCGGCGUGGGGAACCCCGUCCCAGAGGCUGCUCCCAGAAAAAGAAAACGACGCACUGAUGUCGUGGUGGUACGCGGCAGGCUCCGCCUCUACUCCGCCUCUGGGUUUUUCCUCCUCCUUGGACUGGUCAUCUUAGCCAUAGGCAUCUGCAUGGCGACGCUGGGUUACUGGCCGCACGGGGAAACCACACCAUCAGCGACUGGAGGAGGAUCAAAGACAGCAGCAGCUGGAGGAGACAAGUCAUCUUCCACAGGUGAAGGAGAUGGAGCCAAGAUGUCCGUCACAGAGAGGGGUGAGGGUAUUUCCAGCAGGAGUCAUGAUGUGCAAGGGAAGGCCAAGCAGACAGGGGGGGCUCUGACGAGGUUCCUGGAACAGCAUCUUCACUCGGAGCGGAUGAAGAUGUUCGGGCCUUUCACCAUGGGCAUCGGGAUUUUUAUCUUUAUUUGUGCUAAUGCCAUUCUUCAUGAAAACAGAGACAGAGAAACAAAGAUCAUCCAUAUGAGAGACAUGUACUCCACAGUUAUUGACAUCCAUCGCCUCAGGCAGAAGGAGCAAAAACAACAACACCGCAACAGCGCCUAUGCAAGAGAAGGCUUCGGAGUUGAUAACGCAUCUCGACGGGCCAGCAACUCCCUCCUGGCGUUCUCCUCUCGCACUGGAGGAGGCUCUACAGAGGAGGAGGUGCUGCUGGGUGAUGAGUUUCACAGACAGAGAGAGCAGGCCAGGUUGGAUUGUAGCUUUGCGGGUCUGCUGGCGCCCCUCUACAAAGACCGGCCCAUGUGUGGGCCCGGGCGGGGGUUGGGUCGCUCAGAUUCCAUGCACCAUCAGUGGUCGGUGGACGGAGAAGGAGAGAGGGGAGGACACCAUGCUCGCUCUAUCGUCUCCUCCUCCAUCUCUGCUUUUACUCUCCCUGUGAUAAAGCUCAACAACUGCGUUAUUGAUGAGCCGGAGAUGGAGGUGAUCACUGAGGAGGACAGGGGAGGAGAGAGGAGAGACAGGGAGAGGGCGCAGCCCCUGAGCUCCAUGGAGUCUCUGGUGGUUCCCGUAGCAUCGGUUGCCAAGGCCUCCAAACCGCCGAGUUUACACCGAAGUAACUCUGCCUCCUCCUCCUCCUCUAUGUCCUCGUGCUCCCUCUCCCCGGCUCCCUCCUCUACCUCAGGCUGCUGGCUCUCCCCGGGAGCAGCCAGGAGUGACUUUGGCUCCAACAACUCCUUGCACAUGCUCAGCAGCCACUCCAAGUCUCUGGACCUGGAGCGCGGGGCGUGCAUGCUCAGCGUGCACCCGGAGCAGCGCAAGCACCCCAGCUGGCCCCGGCUCGACCGUAGCAACAGCAGCCGCAGCAUCAGCGGCAACCGGAGCAACAGUAAAGGUUACAUGCGGCUGGAGGACCGGGAGGAGCAAGGGGAGCGGCUGCUGGACGCGUCCCCGGCCGCGACAGCGAGGCACGACUACAGUAAGCGCGAGAAGCUGCUAAUGAUAUCGAGGUCGCAUAACAAUCUGAGCUUUGAGCACGAGGAGUUUCACAGCAACACACUGAAGAGAGGCAGCUCUGAGACUCGAUUCUGA